UUUUUGACGGCCUUUCUUCCGCCCGAUCUCAGAUUAAAUUGAGCAGCGUUUUGGCAAGAGUCAACGUAAUCCGUUUAUUUCUGUCCAAAGUCAGCCGUCAGGAGCGUCAAAAUGCUCGCCACAGUCCGUAAACAGCUAAAAAGUCACCCAGCUCUCAUCCCCCUCUUCUUCUUCAUCGGUGGAGGGGCAUGCAUGUCCAUGAUGUACCUCGCCCGUCUGGCCUUGAGAAACCCUGAUGUCAGCUGGGAUCGCAAGAACAACCCAGAGCCCUGGAACAAAAUGGCCCCAACUGCUCAGUACAAGUUUUAUGCAGUUAACUUGGACUACAGCAAGCUGAAGAAGGAGGGCCCCGAUUUCUAAACAUCACAUCUGCUGGACCUAAAGCAAAAAACAGAUGAGCUGAUCCACACAGCCUCAUUCUGAUCUUCCUCCAGGAAUCUGAGGGAUGCAGAGGCAAAAACCCGCACAAUGAUUCAUAUUUAAGUUUCCUCAUUGCAUCCUGUUUCAAAGCAUUAUGUAUUAUUUCUAAUUUUGAAUGGUCAUUAAUAAAGUGAAGGAGACUUUUCUCCUCCAUACAGAGAAAAUAACCUGUUUCAUUCAUUCAUUGUGAUUCUGUUUUUGGGCACCUUGCUUUCCAUAUUUUUGCUCUUGGGUCAUGUUUUAAUUUGCAUUGUUUAUCUAGUGCAUAUGCAUACUUGCAUUUCCUCCCUCCACACGCUGUUUACAGUUGCAUCAUGCUUGGCUGUUACUAUAUGAGCUUUGCUUUCACCCCAUUUCACCUUGUCCUGCCUUAACCUAGCUGCUGGUGAGUUAUGGGCCACACUCUUCUUGGCUGCUAUCCAAAGCCAUAUCGGUAUGGCGGGGGCAGACUUUAACCUGGUCACAUUUGAGCAGUGGGCUCCCUCUGGUGGCAGCUGUGACAGUCCAGAAGACGUGGCUAUGAAACCUCAUCAGUAUUUAGUCCAGUUUAUGACCUGCCAGCUGCCCCGGUGCUACUGCCGCAUACAUUUCCAAGUUUUCAGACGAUGCUGUUUCAAGGGAAGAGUGAGAGAACAUGACUCCCUGCAAAGGUUGACUUCUGUUUGUUUAAAGCAAUGACAAGUUCACGUGUAACGCUCUGAGCGCUGGAAACAGUGGUAGGACACGUGGAGGUGUUUCUCCUUAUAGAAUGCCAUCGCUCUCAGCCAGAUGAGUUUGUAAAUGUCAACAGGUCGCACUGUCCCAUAUGCAGCUCGGGGAAAAUGCGACAAGGAUGAGCAACCAAUGCAGUGCAGAAAAUGUCAAGGAGACCUUCAUAUUUGAAUAGAAGCCCACACCUUAAGUCUUCGCCCACCCUCUCCACGACUGGAGCGCUCACAUAUCUCUUGUUCUUCACCUGAAGGAAAUUAGAAUUAACGUCUAGCACAGCGUGCAACAGUCUGGGACAACAUUUGAAUUAUUUCAGCAUAUUCACCUGGUUAAUUCAAAGCACCAAAAAUAACCAAAUCAGUUCAAUAGUUCCUGAGAGUGGAAGUAACUGCUGUAACCUGUGGUUUUCAUCUUAAUGGAGGAAAAAUGGAAAAGCAAGUGACCCGCUGUGGCUGAAUGUUUGAGGGUGGAACAAAAAUAAUUGAAUCAUUCUGUGAUAAGAGAAAAACAUCUCUGUCCUAUGCUGCUAGUGUAGGGUUAUAAGUUAACAUGCAAAAUUAUUUCAUCUUUAAAUUUCAGAGGCCAUAACUUGAGCUUCAGGUUUACUGAAUGUUAUGCAUUUAAAUAAGUAACAACUUGACGUAAAUAAACAGUUAAAUUCAGGGUCUGUGCAGCAGAGAUUUCCAACCUUUCUUGGUCUGUGGUACCUCCACAACCUGUUGGUUCAGAUGAACGUGUGUAUUCCCAAUGUUCCAAAUGAUAACAGCACUGGGGGGUAGGUCUGGCUAUAUAUGUGAGCUGAAUGUUUCAACCAUUAUUUCACACAUUUUCACUAAUUAUUUUGAACGUUUAUCCAAUACUUUUAACUAAUUAUUUCAACUGUCUUUCCUUCACUUUUUAGCUUACCAUUUAAACCAUUUAUCCAAUCAUUUUAGCCAACUAUUCAACUAUUGCAUCCAUGUACCCCUCAAUUUCAGAAUUUUUUAAAACCCUUUUUCCAACACCAUUGACUAAAUUAAAUUAGACCACCACUUUGAGCUAUUUCCAAUGUUUUUCCAUCACUUUGUGCUGACUAUUUCAACAAUUUAUCUCCUAAUUUGAGCCAUUUUAACUGUAAUGAAUAAUGUUAAGCUCCCUGAUCUAUUUAUAACUAUUUAUCCAUUACUUUUAGAGAACUAAUUUUACUGUUAGUUAGUUAUUACCUUAAACUAAUUAGUUAAUUAAACUGUUUAUUCUGUAACAUUUCAGCCGCUCAUCUAUUUCAACAUUUUAUCCAUUACUUUAAACUGUAACUCAUCUCUUGAACUGUAUAGUUAGUGCCUGUAACUACUUCAACCAUUUAUGAAUUACUUAACUAUAUUUACUAUUUUGACCAUUUAUCCCGUAGCCUACUUUUAGCUAACCAUUUGAGUUUACUUUUAGCUAUUUAUUUAUAUCAUUUUGUUAUUAAUGCUACUCUUAGCUACCUGUUUAUACUUAUUCACUGAUUAGUUUCACACACUCACAGGUGUGACAGUUCAUGUAAAAAUGUGGAUGAAUUCUUUUUUCAAAGCUCCUUUCAAAUGAGUCGAGCUCUUGACGACCUUCCUAUAAACCCUCUGUGCCUCAUGCCAACAGUAGACGUGCACCCUGUUUGGGAAUAACUGUUGUUUCACUCUCGACUGUGAAAAUUACUUUGCAAAUAAGGGCUUUGAUACACUUUCUAAACUUUACAAAAUGUGUUAAUGUUUUGUAUCUGUGAUUUUGUAGGUCAUUAUUGCUACAACUGAACAAUAAACUCUCUUGAAAAAAACA